GAGUACAAAGAGAAAGCACUGCUGACACGCGAUACACACUUGAAGUGUUUUUGUUUUGUUUUGUUUAUUUAUUACUUCUCUCUUUUCUUUGUUCUGUGCAAACGACGCCUCUGCAGUCACCAUCGUUGGGUAGAAGCAGCCGCGAUUCUUCACCUGCCUUUGCGACGAGAGACCUUUUUUUCCUCCUGCUUCUGCAUUUUUGUGCCAACACCCCAUUUCGCUUCGCUUCUUCUCUUCUUUUCUUUUUUUCCUUGGUUGUCAGUUGAGCUAUUGGACAGCGCAGCACCGCACGCUACUGCCCUUGAAAGCGGCGACGCAGUUUUGUCUCUCUGAUUUAGUGCACCACGAGUGGGCUUGUGUGGCCAACGCUUCCGACGUGAAUAUCAUCGCGUAUUGUUGCUUACGUUCGCCCCCCUUUUUCUUCGGUUGAGAGCUCGUUAGAAUACCAAUCAGAGUCUGCACAGUUUCUUAACGCUGAAUGAAUGGGACGAAGCAACGACCACUGCGCGACGCCACCGCCGCCCAUUCACGGCCACACCACCGUCACGCCCCCUUCUCCGUUGGGGAGGGCCACCACGUAAGCGGCGCGGGCAGCGCAGACCGUCAAGCCCCAUCCUCCGCACCGCGUCGGCCGUCGCUGAGCACGUCAGGCGACCACACCUUCUCGUCAUCCAUCGCCAUUAGCAGCGACACCGCGGAUGUGUCGCCUGAGUUGUCGGCUCGAGCUUUCAACAGUCCUCCCGAUACAUCCGGCUCUACCGCUGUUGCGACGGCUGCUUCAAAGGGGAGGCAGUCCCCGUAUUGGUGGGGCGCUUCCACAUCUUUGCUGUCCGACAGCUCGGCGGCCACAGUGACGGCGACGGCCGCGGCUCCUCUUGCUGCGCCAGGAGGGCCGUCCGACUCCUCCUGCGUUGUGUCGCAGGGGCUGCGGUGCUCUAUUGACUUUUCACACGAAAUUGAGUGGCGCGCCGAGGCGGAGUUGCAACAGCUAUGGGUGACGCUGUGGUGCGCGACACACAGUGAGGCGGCGUUGGCAGCGGCGUUAGACGGUCCACGCGCGCCGUGGAACCCGUACCGGCCUCUGCGAGGUGGCCAGGGGGUGCGCGAGGAGGUGCUGAACAGCGAGGUGGCCGAGUUUCGAGAGAUGGUCACCGUAGACAGCCUCUACCUGCAAGGGACAGCCAUCCAGCCGGGGACGCACCUUGUACACAGUGCUCCCUCGGCGACGACCAGUCCUCACCGCCCGCCGAAAAAAACGAAGGACGGGCAUGCGGCCUUGCAGCAGCGGGAGCAGAGCGAGGAGGAAGUCUUCACGGAGGACAACAGCAGUGCAACUCUUCACCUACCUCCCAUGCAGCCACUCGCAUCGUCAGCAGGCGCGGAGGUCGAAGUGGAUGCGCACUACACCGAGGCGUGGUGGGCUGCCCAUCGUGCCGACGGCGAGGCCGCGCUCUUCUGCUACCUGUGGGAGGCGGUGGUGGUGCCGUUUUACACCGCGCCGUCCGCCGUCGUCUUUCCGCUCCCCUUUGCAUCACUAGACUUGGCGACGACGGCGGCCGACGCCACCCUCACCCUCGCAUGCGCAGACGUCAAGGAGGAGAAGGAUGCAAGUGGGGUGGUGACCGCCUUCUGGCCCACCAAGGAGGACAAACGCAACUGGGUCGUUGAAUCGGGUCGACGGUCGGUGUCGCCGACGUGUGUGCGGACGCCACUGAGCGUCGGCGACGGUGAAAGCGACCGCGGCGUGUCCUCGCUGGCGCGCACGCAGCGCUCCGGUGGUGGGCUCCCGUUUUAUUUAACCGAAGACGUGAAUGUGGUGUCCGACGACUCGCUCGAGGUGGAGGUGCUGGAGGAUGACAAGACGAAUGAAAAUGACGGACUUAAAACUGAAGAGACGCCUCAUUCUGCAAAGCUCACGCGGCAGCAGCACAUGGCACCCUCGACGCGGAUACGGCCCGAAAGGCGCAACUCGCGACGGCACGACCGCCCGUCCACAGCGGGCAUUCAAGCUACGGCGCUUUCGCCGAGCGAGGCAACUCUGCUUGGCAUGCCGAUCCCGGUCUCUGUCAGCGGCGCGGCGCUCGCGGCGAAACAGCGAGCCCGAUCCGCGCGCACCGACGAGGGCGCGAGCAUUCCCACGUCGUCCAGCCUGGUGCAGCCAAACGCCGCCGGGCGCGGGUGGAGGUCUUCGAAGAUGCCCACGCUGCGCACCACCUUUGCGGAGUCGCUGGCAGAACUCACGAUGGAUGCCCCGCUGCCAAAACCUGCGUCGGUGACCCGGCAGCGUCCCCCGACGGCGCAGCCGGUGGUGAGCAAGAGUCGGCGCGUGGCGUCGCCGAGUGCGUCCGCGCAGGCAAGGGCGGCCCAUUCGGUCCAUAGCCACGCAAGCAACAAGGACGACCGUGCCACCGGCAGCAGGACGACGACCACGGCUGCUACUACUACUUUUGCUGCAGGGGUGAAGACGCCGACGGCGGCGAGCGCGGCGGUGCCUCGCACCGGCACGUCCUCUCCCGGACGAAGGAACGCUGGUGGCGGCAACGCCCUCCAGUCACAGCGGCCACCGCGGCAACUCCCGUCCGGCGGCAACGAAGCCAUCAACCACGCCCUGCAGCUGCUGGAGCUGCGCGAUCGGCCCACCUCGCGCUCGCCGUUGGCGCAGUGCCGUCCUUUCCCGUCUGCUUCUGCCGCACCGCUUGACGCCCAUCGCAAGGGGAGAAGUCGGACGAGUCCACAACUGGACGACGUACAAGAGGUGUCGGGCGUGAAAGAGAGUCCGCCGCGCAGCCAUCUCUCUCUCGUCACAGCAGCGCCACAGCAGAAAAGGCGUCUCCGACACGUUCACGAUCACACCAGCAGCACGAACAGCGCCUCUUGUCCUCCCACGGUUCAAGGUGAAGAAGUGAAAAAGGCGCCAACGAUGUUGGGUCUUGGUGGGUCGGAGAAGCUGGUGUACAAGGAAAGGUUGGCGCCCCUGCGAGAGCCGACUGCGUCCUCUGACACGUUACGAAAGCGGUCACCUGCCCUCCUCGAAAUGCAGCGUGGGGCAGCGGCGGCGGGUCGCACGCCGUCUCCAGGGUCGCAGCGGCGAAAGAAAGGCGGGGCACCGCGCUCAUCUUCGGAAAACAAGAGGAAUGUUCAACAUCGUCCUACCACCGCACAGCGUUAG